CUGAAGGUCACCAAGCAGAAGAAGACCUCGGUGAUCAAGGACGGGCGGAUCAUGGAACAGGGAGUCCGUGGGCCCCACGUCCAUAAACUGACCAAGGCGGGCGCUGAAAAUGCCGUUCGCAGAGCGGGUGUUGACAGUCAGUUCAUGGACGUGGGGUCCAUGAACUCUCCUUCCAUCUCCCUCCAUACCAAGGGCGGGGCCUUGGAGCAGAAGCGCAUCGAGACCUCUGCGCCGGAGCAGAAGAAGACUUCGGUGAUCAAGGACGGGCGGAUCAUGGAACAGGGAGUCCGUGAGCCCCACGUCCAUAAACUGACCAAGGCGGGCGCUGACAAUGCCGCUCGCAGAGCGGGUGUGGACAGUCAGUUCAUGAACGUGGGGUCCAUGAACUUUCGUUUCAUCUCCCUCCAUACCAAGGGCGGCGCCUUGGAGCAGAAGCGCAUCGAGACAUCUGUGCCGGAGCUCACCAAGUUGAAGAAGCAUAAGAAGACCUCGGUGAUCAAGGACGGGCGGAUCAUGGAACAGGGAGUCCGCGAGCCCCACGUUCAUAAACUGACCAAGACGGGCGCUGAGAAUGCCGUUCGCAGAGCGGGUGUUGACAGUCAGUUCAUGGACGUGGGGUUCAUGAACUCUCGUGCCAUCUCCCUCCCUACCAAGGGCGGGGCCUUGGAGCAGAAGCGCAUCGAGACCUCUGUGCCGGUCUUCAAAGUAUAUGGGGACGGCAACUGCGCGGCGCGCGCAAUCUACCAGUGGCAGAAGGACCCGCACCGCAAGAUGCGCUACGUGAAGUCCACAGGGCUCCCGUGGACGAAGGAGGAGAAGAACUGCCAGCUGGAGCUGCAGCAGACGGGGUUCGACGAGGCUGGGUUGCAGAUUCGCGGGGCUGUGGAGAAUGGGGAAGACUGGGAGGCGUACGUGGAACGCAUGGGGAAGGACGGCGAAUACUUCGACGCCCCCAUGCUGAUGAAGCUGGCAGAGUUCUACGAACAUCCAGUGGUCGUCUUCUGCGCCAACUGGAACACUGGUACGGUGUGCACCCAGACGUACGGAGCGGAGACGCAUGGGGACGAGCCGGCGAUACCACUGUGGUACAACGGCGUGAACCAUUACGACCUCGUGGACGAAACCUGGGCAAAGGACCAGGGGCUCCCGCUGCAGUGGAGGAACAAGCGCGGGAGCCUGGAGGGGAAGAACCAGGUCAUCAUGCACGUGGCGGCACACGUGGAGGUGAAGAAGACGGACUGA